CGUUAAAGACCCGGAUAAAACUGUCAUGGCGUCCGUUGCUCAUCGUCUUCCUUUGAAACCGGUCUUAUCUACGUCGUUUGCUGAAGCUCGAUUGCGUGCGUUAAAUCUAUACAGAGCAUGGUAUAGAGAAAUUCCGCGCACGGUUUCAGUAUUUGCGCUUGAUAUCUCAGUUAAGAAAGCAAAUCAAAAGCUAAGAGAAGAGUUUCUGCGACACAAGGACGUGAAAGAUCCGCGUGUGAUCGACAUGUUGGUCGUCAAGGGAAGAAUGGAAUUAGAGGAGACGCACAAUAUUUGGAAGCAGAGGACGCACAUAAUGAGAUAUUUUCGUGAGUCGGAGCCAUCCAGACCGUCAGACUUCUUAUCAAAGUUCUAUGAAGGAUACGAACAAUAACAUGUGAUUGCGGAAUGAGUCGAACCUGUAGGAUAAUCUACACAGUAGCAGUCGAAAUCAUGAUACAUCACCUUAACAAUUUUAAUGUCUCGUUAUUUUGCAAUUAGAAUUCUAAACUUGUU